AAUUGUUGCAAUCAGCUAUUGUCUAUUGAGCUUACUCUGUAGAUCAAGACACCAGAACUUCUCUCGUAACUUUCACAGUCGGGACUCCAGAUCUCUCACUAACAAUGGCUCCUGGUGCUCCCCGAUCCGGUGAUGCAAUCUUCUCUAGUGUUGAGCGCGUGAAUGCAGAGCUGUUUACGUUAACCUAUGGGGCGAUUGUGCGUCAGUUGCUUACGGAUCUGGAGGAGGUUGAAGAAGUCAACAAACAGCUAGAUCAAAUGGGUUAUAAUAUUGGAAUCCGACUGGUUGAUGAGUUUCUGGCAAAAUCUAAUGUCACCAGAUGUGUGGACUUCAAGGAGACAGCUGAAGUAAUUGCAAAGGUAGGUUUCAAAAUGUUCCUUGGGGUGAGUGCAUCUGUGACCAAUUGGGAUGCUGAUGGGACAUGUUGCAGUAUCGUUUUGGAGGAUAAUCCCUUAGUAGACUUUGUUGAGCUUCCAGACACAUGUCAAGGCCUAUACUACUGCAACAUUUUAAGUGGAGUCAUUAGAGGGGCACUGGAGAUGGUGUCAAUGAAGACUGAAGUGACAUGGGCUCGUGAUAUGCUCAGAGGUGAUGAUGCGUUUGAGUUGCAGGUAAAACUUCUAAAGCAAGUUCCGGAAGAGUACCCAUACAAGGAUGAUGAGUGACAUCCUUUAUUGGCCUUUCAUGAGUCUUGUAUACAGUUAAUUACUUUCUAUCUACACCUAAAGAUAGAGUUCUAACAUCCUGUUUUCUUUUAAUACAUGAUCCACUAGAGCUUUGAAUAGAUUUAACUUAAUAGUUAAUAGUUGUAUCAUUUUUUUUUUUUUUUAGUAUGAUUGAGCACAUAUUUGGUA